AGAUGGCGUCCAGCCUGACUUGUACUGGAGUGAUCUGGGCUUUGCUCUCAUUUCUUUGUGCUGCCACCUCCUGCGUGGGGUUCUUUAUGCCUUACUGGCUCUGGGGAUCACAGCUGGGCAAGCCUGUGUCCUUCGGUACUUUCCGGAGGUGCUCCUAUCCUGUACAUGAUGAGAGUCGGCAGAUGAUGGUGAUGGUGGAGGAAUGUGGGCGCUAUGCCUCCUUCCAGGGCAUCCCCAGCACAGAGUGGAGGAUCUGUACCAUAGUUACUGGCCUGGGCUGUGGUCUCCUGCUUCUGGUGGCGCUGACCACUCUCAUGGGAUGCUGUGUGUCUGAGCUCAUCUCCAGGACAGUGGGAAGAGUGGCUGGAGGAAUUCAGUUCCUGGGGGGCUUGCUGAUCGGCGCAGGCUGUGCCCUCUACCCCUUGGGCUGGGACAGUGAGGAGAUCCGGCAGACUUGUGGCUACGUUUCUGGCCAGUUUGACCUGGGUAAGUGUGAACUCGGCUGGGCCUACUACUGCACGGGCGCGGGUGCCGCUGCCGCCAUGCUCCUCUGCACGUGGCUGGCCUGCUUCUCGGGCAAGAAACAGAAGCAGUACCCCUACUGAGAAGGGACCACCGACAGCAAGCAGGGGAGAGGACCGACUGAGGUGUUCGAUGGGCCCGGAACAUCCAGCUACUUUCAAAAAGGUGGAACAGUGGCUUUAAUCCAGUGCAAAGCUUGUGGAAUGAAACCCAGUGGGGUCAGGAACAUUCUGUAAUGCAUAAGGGUUGUGAGAGGUUUGUGCAAGAAAUGGAGAGUACGGAAUGGUAGAGAAAAAUGGACCAAAGGCUAAAAAUAUUGCAGGGCUUUGGGCGUUUCUAUUCCACAGAGUAUUGUUAACAUAUACAACAAGCAACACACACACACACACACACGCAAAUCUAUAUAUGCAAACAAGGGUUUUUUUUUAAAAGAUGAGGUCUCAGAAAAUUCAAAGGGCUAGUAGAAAGUGUUAUAUUGGGACGUUCCCUGUAGGUUAUGGCACUCCUGAAAGCACAUCCAGACAUACAUAUCCACACCCGUGUCCACGCAAACACAGAUGCCCACGCCUGUGUCCACACAAACACAUACGCAUUACACAGACUGUCCAGGAGGUUUAGCGGUGCAUUACUCCUCUGUUUUCUUCUUAAUAUACAUUUAAAAUACAGUAUUAUUACUUUAUAAAGCAUACAUUAACCUAACAAAUGGACCAAUAAGCCACUGUAUCAGUAUUUUGUGUAUUCUGCAUAAACUCUCUAUGCCCUCAACAUGUUUUCGGUUUUAUACACACCUUUAGAGUUAAGCCUCUGUAUUUCAAUAUUCUUCAAAAAUAUGCACUAUUUCUCUGUCUGGGUAGUUUCUGCUAUGAUAUUCUUAUGAAGUAAAGGGGCAGCUUGCUGUCCAGUGUAGGAGAGAAUGCUGUUGAGUAUAUGAGAAUAAUGAAGGACACUUUCCAGCCAUUAGACCUUGUUUUCCUUUGUCCA